AUUGUGAAAAAAUUGGCCCCAGAAUAAACUACACACAGUGGUAGUGGUUGAUUCAGUUGAGUUGAGUUUUGAUUUGAGGGAAGGGUGAAGAAGGAGAAAGCGAAGUUGUUGGCGAUGGGCGUGUCUUCGAACGAAUCGAUACAAUUAUGCAUUUUUGAUCUGAGAAGAGGGCAACAUGAGGGCCAAGAGCUUGAUAAGAUCCUCUUCUUCUUCCCAGCGGGCUUGCCUUUCUCCAAGCAACUUUCCGUCAUUGGUCUCAGCGAAGGACUCAUCACUUUCACAAGAAUCUUUUCUCCCGAGGCUGCUUGCGAGGUCAUCGAAGCUGAGCGACAUUCUCACGUUUUCCACGAGGCCGAACCUGAUAUCUGGAUGGUCAUGUUGGUGGAGAAAAGCAAUGACUCAGAGCCUAUCUGGAGAGAUGAUGCAUUAAGAAAAGUUCUCAAGGAAAUUCACUCACUUUUUAUAAUGUUUCAUGGAUCUGUUCGAGGAAUGCUGGAGAAAGAACCUUGUGGAGAACUAACAAGACGACAUUUAUAUUCCUUUAUCAUGGAUUAUCUGAGGGCUUGUAAAAACCGGUCUCCGUGGGAUAAUUGCUGCUGUGAUUUUCUUGCGGGGAGAAAGCUUCUUUUACCAUCCUUCCGUGAUUGCCUUAAGGAACGUGGAACUGUGCAGAUGCUGACAAUUUGUCGGGAGGCUGCAAUUGAGGUUCAGUCCCUUGUCAGGGUGCUUGAAUCGUCUGCUGGGAACAGUCUCUGUGAUUCUUUGAUUUUAUUUCAAGACCUGCUAGUGUCCACAACUUUAUCUCCUGAUGAUACCAUAAAUUUAUUCACAUAUGCGGUGCUAAGGUUGACUCCCCAUGCUCUAUCUUCUGGAUCAAGUUCCUGGUCCUACGUAAGGAAAGGAAGUACUGCAUCCAAUGUUGCCAUUGAGUCUAACUCGGCCCAUCCAAACUCUCUGUCUGAAAGUUUAUAUGGCACAUCUGAUAUAUCAUCUGGUGAAGAUAACCACUAUCAUGUUGUGAGGCCCUUACAGAGUGACAAAUGGUCUAAAGGAAAAGAUGGUUAUCUUGUCACUGAUUUAUGGGGUGCAGAAGUUGGUACGUGGGUGUUUGCCACUCCCACAGUUUGGCUUCAACAGACAGGAGAGAAAAUGUACCUCUGUGUUUACCAGCAUAGUAGCCUUACUUUAAUGCUUAUGAUUCCUGUAUCAGCUGUACCUAAUGGGGAGCAAGGUGUGUCGGAAGUGAGGCGGCAAAUUAUUGAAAACGCAUCACUUCAGAUAUUGAAAGUUGAAGAGAAGCUAUCCAAAGGAUGGGGUGGUGAGAAUGCAUAUCACGUCGGUGGGUACCGCUACUUACUAGUAGAUGGUGAUAGAAAUGUAUCGAGGGCUUCUCCAGCAACAAAAGUAACAACUUUAACAAAGGAGUCCUUGCUUGCCAUGAAUAAGCUUAGGCAAGAGGUGGAGUUGGAAAAGAGAAGAGCGAAACUGGAUGGCUGUAAUUUUGAAAAAGAUUUAGAGAUGUGCGUUAGAGCAAAAAAUAAUGCAUGGGUUAUUUCUCGAGUCACAAGAGGGAAGGAGCUUUAUAUGGUUCUAGAGAAAGCCAGUGAAACCCUUCUAUAUGCCUCAGAUGCUGUUGAGAAGUUUAGCGACAGGUAUUGCGAUGGAGCAUUUUCACUGGACUAGAGAAAACCAAGCAUGCGUAUCCCGGAAAUAACACGUUAGGUCUUCUAACUUGUUUUCCCCAAUAAGGUCGAGAAGUUUUCCACCGUUGAAUUUUCUCAUCAGUAAAUUCAAGAAAGGAAGAUAGAAUACUGCUGUGUGUAUAUCUCUAUGUAUAUUUUAAGUAUAAUCAAUUUAUACCACCUUUUU